AUGGCGACGAUUAAUGGGUACAGUGCUGGGACGUUUGACGAGCCACGCCCAUCCUUCAUGGCAACGAACAAGAUCAGCCGCAACCUCGUGCGCAUUCCUAAAAAGCAACGCAGCAUAUUGGGCCAGCCCUCUGCAUGGGUAGACAAUCAACGGAAUGGCUCUCCGGACAUAUUCAACCUCCCGGAUGAGGUCCUGGAGGGGUUGAAACGAUUCGAAGACUCAAGAUCAAAGCACACACCUGCCCAAAAACCGCAGAUUUCUCGAGCGAGUGGCCCGAAGCCAUCUCAAGACGACGGUCUUUUGAAACAUGCAACUCCAAAAAUAACGGACGGACCUGCGAGUAAGGUCUCAGAAGCCCCUUCAGCUUAUAUACCUAUGCCAGAGCAAAACAACCAUGGUGGCGACAGCGACGAGGACAGUGAGGAGAGUGACAGCAACAAGGACAAUGGCGACAAUGAGGAAGAUGCCGAGUCAGCUCACACCUGGGAAUCGUCUCCUGCAAGAGUGAUCAUACCACAUACGGAGACUCGGAAGCGGGCAUCGCCGGAGGACUCGCCCUCGCACGAGAGACCCGCUCCUCUGAGUCCUGGACGAAUGGGCCAGAACUUUGCUUGCGAGGAAUUCGAGUCUGAGUCGGACGAGGAAGAUGAAGGAGAGAACGCAGCAGCACACAAAGAGACCCUCAAAGGAAUCCGCCAUGCGCCUCAGCCAACUUCUGCGCUUGACCCGACACCCCCAUCUGCGCAGGUCAUACCCUGUACUUAUCAUGAGCGAAGCAGUCCGCCUGGCCGGCCGACCAAGAAACGACGGAAGAUGAAGGUACUAGACCUUAACGUUCCGGUGCUCACUACGAAGAGAUCGCCAGACCACCCGGCACACCUGAGGUUGAUACCAAACACGCGGGUCGAAGAUGUGAAAAGCUCGAAUGGAAACUCGCAAUCUUCCGUCAUUGCAGAAACAAGCCAAGAGCAAGACCACCAUGACGACAUCGUGGUCUCGGCAACAGUUCGGCCCAAUUCAACGCCAAGCGCUAUGCAAGUGCCUAAAGAAGUGGAAACCAUAUCAUCGUCACCUGAAGAAGGACCAGAGCCCGCUACUCAAGCAUCACAGUAUGCCUCCGGUGAGGUUAUCCAUCUGCCGCCGUUCGAGUCCUUCCAACACCACUAUCAUGCAUAUACGGGAUCUCUCAAUGAUUUUGUCCGGGCUUGUUUCUAUGUACGCGCCCUACAAAACUGGAAGGCCUUGCCAGUGUUUCUAUACGACGACUUCAUCCGCGCUUUCACCGAGGGCUACAUUCCAUACGUCAACAGUCCUGAGCAGUCUUCUCAGGGCCUCUCUGCGAUCCCUUUGACAGGCAUCAAGUGGUACAAUGGCAAUGUCGAGAAACCACUCUUCAAUGAUCGGCUGAUCGACAAGAGUAAUCUGGACAGAAUCUUGGACAUAUACAGAGAGGAGGUCGAUGAGCUGAAGGAGAGCAUGGGCUUACCUGUGGAAGCGGAGGAGCUCGCCGACGCAGAAGAUGUACUGUCUGUGGAUAACCAGAGAGGUUCAGCGAGCAGGGACAUGGAGGCUUCCAGCGAUCAGGACAACAACGCCCGAGAGGAGGUUGACGAGCCUGAAGGGUGUCAGCCAACACAAGACGAAGAUCUGUUGGACGACGAGGAUACUCGGAUGCAAAUGGAGGAGCAAGAUCAAGACGAGGAGAUGGCGGAGUACAGGCGCUAUGCGAAUGACCUACAUGCCACCGUAUACAAGCAACAAGACCGCCAGACGCCAAUUCCAAGGCCCGAUGGACGGCAGGAUAUGGAGGAGACACCACGCAGUGCGCCAGGCUAUAGACAAGGUGUCCAGGUUAUCAGCGGGGUGCGUCAUGAAACCUUGGCGGAUGCCGCUGCUGCGCCUUCACGGCCAGUGAUGCAUAAGCGCCCGCCAUCAACGGCCAGGGAGUCAGUCGUAUCGGCCACCAUCCCCAGCUCCUCCCGAACGGUGCCCCCGUCAAGCAGCUCCAAAGCUCCACGUCUAAGUCCCGCGGAGAGGAGCAAGAAAUGGAAGAAGUUUCUUGCAAAACGCAAGAGUGGUUCGGCCCCGUCGAGUGCUAGAAGCAGCUUUGGCCAGCCCUAG